AUGGCGAGCAGCAUGGCGCUGCUACUGCUGCUCCUCCUGGCGGCGGUGGCGUCCACGACCGCCGAGCUGGACGAGAGGGAGCCGCAUAUCGAGCCAGCGUCCACCAUCGCCGAGCUGCUCAAGGCGGCGCUCACAAAAUCCAGAGAUUGCCCCGAGGCAGCCGUGCUGAGGGCCUUGGACGAGGCGGUGCCGGACGGUGUGCACGUGAUAUUGCUGUCCCUCGCCGCGAGGGACAUUCCCACGUACGACCACAGCUCCAUCAGCAUCGGCGGCUUCAACGCCAUGCAGCAAGGCGUCCACGUCGUCGUCUGCGCCGGCAACUACAGCCCGGCUGCAUCCUCCGUCUGCAACGCCGAGCCAUGGUUGCUCACGGUGGUUCCCGGCCACCGUGUACCUCGAAGGCCCAAUAGAUGA